CUGCUUGUGGCUUGGCGGAUGCUAGAACCUUAUCAAGAGCUAGAUGGACUCACGACUUUCUCUAAAGGGAGAAUUAUGGUUAUGUAGAAAGAAACAAAUAGUAAAAUUCAAACUUUAUGCUACAAAGCUUAUCCAUCGUGGGAAACUUGCACAAGCCUGGGAAUAGGUGAUAGUAAAUUGAUUCUAAAUAGACAAUGGGAACAGAAUUAAUCAGGUUGAGAAACACCCUGUGAUGGUUAAAGUGACAACGCUUAUUUUCUCCGCUCCUGACAGCGAAACAAAUAUCACCAAAUCGCCCUCAUUUCCAUGGUAUUUACUCAUGUAUUCGCAUGGGGAUUAACAACAGGCGUUUUAAGUGCACAGACCUUUCAGGUAGUUCAAUUGAUGUUUCACGAGGAUUUGCUUUUUAAUCCUUGUGCAUACAGAUGUCGGGAUAAUCACUGACAAUAUUUAUAGCAAUGCGAAUUUGCAGAAAAACUUUCCACUCUUUGUGAAUUACCAACUCAACAUUAAUAUUACUUAAUUUAAGCAAUGUUUCCUUUUAUUUUGAAUUUCUAUCGACUAUAUUACUGGCAUUGUAAAUGUGGCUAAAUAUGCUUUUUUAUUGCUUUUCUUCCGCAGACGCAGACCAGCUUGAAAGUGCCGGCGGCUCUUGGGUGAGCCCCUCAGGAUGUGCCGUGUGGCUAUUUCUGCAACAAUAAGAUGAACAACUUUGAGUGUUUGUUAGGUCCACAGCAACAUUGUACCAUAGCAGUGGAGAUGGUAACCCAGACAGUAUGCAGUUUGUUUUCCUUCUGACCCCAGAAAUUUGGAUUACUCUCUGGUAUAGGAAAUCUUCAUUCAUUUUAUCUGUGGGAAUUGAUAAAUUGUAGGUGAGAAAAUACUAACGGACUUCGUAAGAUUUUCUCGACAUGGAGGAGACUUUCUCCAUCAGCGAGUGGAACACCACGUACAACAUAUCGUGCUGCCCUGAUGCUCAAACAAGUCUGCCAUGCAGCUGCAGUAGCAACACCAACGGUAGCGACAACAGCACGUACCCUGGGAGUGGGCCUAUGCCGAAGGUGAUGGGCCCCCAGUUGUACCAGUACAUCUACAUCACCGUGAUCAACGCCAUCGUCUUCAUUGUGGGCAUCGUGGGCAACUCGCUGGUGAUCCAGGUCUGGAUAUCUUUAUCAGACCCAAUGCGUCAUUUUCGUUUCACUUCCAUCCAGGUGGUAGCCAGAACGAGAUCAAUGCGCAAGCGGAUGAACUACUUCCUGGUGAGCCUCAGCGUUGCAGACCUGCUCGUCUUAGUAGUGUGCCUGCCCAUAGCUCUGUUGGAGUUCUACGGCAAGGAUAAGUGGCUCAUAGGAGAACCCAUGUGCAAGAUCGUGCCAUUCCUAGAGAAUGCCUCCCACCACUGCUCGGUACUCACCUUGGUAGCCAUUGGCUUCGAGCGCUACUACGCCAUCUGCCACCCACUGAAGGAGACGCGUGGAGCGCGUGUGGCAUCUACCAAUGUGCUCAUCCCUGCUGUCUGGGUUAUUUCAGUUGCCGUGUCCUUGCCUUUUGCGCUCAUCAGCCACAUCAAGGUCGUGCCCUAUUAUGACGGGACGCUUGUGGAGGUAUGCCGAACCAACAUGGACUCAGAGCUAUCUCGAGCUUACAUCAUCUUCAUCUUCACCGUGUGCCUGGCUCUGCCACUGGUGGUCCUGACGGUGAUGUACACGGCGAUCAUCAUGACACUGGCCGCUAGCACCAUGGCCGGGGCGGCUAGUGUGGGGCCAGGGGCGGCGUCCACCGCGCCCAGAGCCUCACGGGGGAGCUUAGACUCCAAGGCUAGUGUCAGUUUUAACACGAGCGGGCGCCUCAGUCUGCAUUCUGACUCGAACGACCAAGUGAGGAACGCUCGGGCUAUUGCUAGCAGAAGACAAGUAGUGCGCAUGAUGAUGGCGGUUAUGGCGCUUUACUUCCUGUGCCUCUUGCCCAUGCGUAGUGUGCAAUUGUGGGUGGUGUUUGGGCCUAAAGAGGACCUCGAGUCGUUAGGGUUUGAAGGAUAUCUAAAUCUUAUUAACUGCAGUCGCAUUCUCAUCUACGUCAAUAGCGCGGGAAAUCCAAUUAUCUAUGGCCUUCUCAGCGCAAACUUUCGCACAGCUUUCCGCCAGUCUUGUUUCACAUGCCGCCACAACCGCCGGAACAGUCUGAGCUAUAACACGACGUAUUACAACAACAACCACCAUUAUCACUACUACCUACAUAGCCAUGGUACUCCCAGCCAUGUAGGUCAAAACAACCAAGUUUCUCAGAGCAUGGCGUCGUUUCCAUCUCACCGGACAAAUGUGUCAGCCAAGUCGAAAAUGACUACGCAGUCCACAACCGCAUCUCCGACACUAGAGCAAAGGAGACUAUCUAGAAAUGGCGUUGGGAUUGGUGUCAAUCCGAGGGACCUUCUUCUGAGGAGACACAAAAGUUUUGACGCGGAUAAGGAAUGUACGAUAGACACAGAAGUGGCAGGAACGCCCGACAGUCAAAAGAAUGGAGCGCCUGUCACAUACGUCUAGGUUAUGUGCAGAAUCAGGAAAAGAAAUGAAGAGCAAUGGCAGCAGAUGUGUCUCGAAUGGCUCAACAUCCACCUCAUUGGUUCAAAUGAAUGCAAGAGGGCUCGUAUUUCUGUAGUGAGAAAACUUGUGGUGUUCGUAAAUGGAUACAGUUGUGAAUGAAAAUCAUUGACAUCGAUCUUGUGCUUGCAUUAACAUAUUUUUUCCAUGUGACAACCUUAAACGUCUGAAAUAACUAAUUGUUUGCCCUAAAUAUCCCUAGCAAUUUUAAAAAAAGAUUUUAAAGUGUUCAACAUACGCCUUAGCUAGAGGUCAGAACUUGUGCGGGCAAAAACCUGGUUGAGACCUUUCACAGUCGCUAGACUGCAGUUUACCCGAGCAAAGACGAUUUCUCGUGAAGUGUGUCAAAUUCAACCUACAUGUGGUUUAAAUUGGAAGACCAUAUUUUGCCUAAAACGUUAUUUUUACGAUUCGUUUUUUGUCAGGUCUUGUUUAGAUACAACAGGAAAAAUACAAACGACAUAGAUCUAGUGGUUUCGUCGGAAUUUGUAUAUAAUGUAUCCUUUGUAACCUGUCAAAUUCGUUGUUCUUGAAUUUUAUUAUGACGUAUGACAGAAGGCAAUACCAUUCAAGUAUACUUUAACUUACAUUUUUGAUGCUAUUUCCAAUAUUUCUUAGAUAGUAUAUAUGUGGUUGUUGUUCGUCGACAGUAUUUAUCUAUUGAAUAAGAUAGUGAUUCUUUCCUAGAUAUCAACAAAGAAAUUGUUUGUAUGGAGGGGGAAAAUUGAAUUGGCAGUACGUAUAUUAGCCUCUGGACAAACGAAAUUUCCUGUUUUCUGUUCAUAUACAUGGAGCAUGGCAUGUUUCCCAGAUUCAGCUAAUUGAAACUUUCUAAAGACACACUCCGAUAUCGAGGUAUAGUUUUAAUGUGAUUUUUUUUUUUUAAUUUGAAGUAAAAAUAUUAUAGCGAAUAGUAACCGUUAGCAAAAAAAAAUAGUGUAAAACUAUUACUCGCGGGAUUCGGAUUCAUGUCUUUUGCACACAAUGGCGCAAAGCCUAACCAUUGCAAGACCAACCAGGAAGCUGACACAAAAGCUACUAUUACUACAGCCUUCGUUUAAAAACAAUUGGCUCGUUAAGACAGUACCUAAAAUCACACAAAACGACAUAACUAUACAGACGAUAUGACUUCAGGUUCGUCAAAAACAGCAUGUACAUAUAAUUAAAAGGAUAAUUAUUGAAAUCGGAGUCAAAGGUUCGCUCACCAAUGACAGCGCAAGAACGGUGAUUAAUUUAAAAGCCUUGAUGUGAGCAGUGUAAAGAAAAUAUUCUAGUCUCUUGCAUACGAGAGAUUAUGUGAUUGUAUUAAUAUUAAUAAGUGUGUUCAAUUGGUGCCCUUUUGGUUAUCGUUGUUAUUCUUGUCUCUUUAAUCAUAAUGUUUGUGUAUUCAAA